AUGCUUGACGGCCUCGAAUGGGAAGAGAAUGUUCUGGCUUUGUCUCUCAAGGAACGGUCGACCGAUGCGGAAGGAAUGCGCGAUGAUGCAGGUGAUUUCCAAGUUUCAGGCUCCCCGCUUGAGCUCUUCAACUUCAACCUUCCACCUUCCACUGUCCUGUCUGCUUCCUCAUCUUCAUGUAUCCGAAUUAGCCUUCAUCCUCUAGAAAUGGCUCUCAUUCAAACGUCGCUCAUAUGGGUCGUCUAUGCCAUUGCGCUCGUCUUGACUUUAGGAAUAGCCUCUAUCUUCGUCAUUGUUUAUCAAGCGCCCCGAGAACGCUCAAUCGCAGUGACAGUCGUCUGCAUAUUCACUCUGCUGUCACUCCUGGCCACAGCACUGCUACUCCCUGUCGACGUCGCCCUGGUGUCCUCUACGACCUCCUCUAAACAGGGGAAGCGGAAACAUUGGGCUACCCAAGAUGAGGUGGAUAGUAUUGUUAAGACGCUCGAGAUUGUCUACUAUUUCCUAUACUCUCUCGACGCAAUUCUGUGCUUGGUAGUGCUACCGUUCACCUAUUUUUGGCAUGAAGAAUACGAUGAAGUGGACGCUGACGAGGGCAACCAAACCUUUGGGCAAAGAUUCUGGGGAGCGUUCAAAUACACCAUUGCAUUCAUUUUACUCGUCGUCAUCCUCUUCAUCAUAGGGUUUUUCGUACCGGUAGCCAAAGAUCGGAAAGGUGCCCACUAUGACCUCGAGUAUUUCAAACAUCUUUUGCACGGAGAGGGCCAUGGCGAACGCGCCUUGACAUUUGCACUUGGUCUCCUCAUUACAAUCGGUACCCUCAUCUACAUCCUCUACACAGCAGCAGGCUUUGCCCUACUUCCAAUAACCUUCAUCAAAUCCGCCCCCGGAGUGUCUGCUCCAACAUUAAGCGCUAACACCGCCUCUGAACUCGAGCAAAAUAGAGAACGUCAGCGACAGCUCGAGAUGCGUAACGAGGGACAAGAAGGCGGGCUUCCAGCAAAAGACCGCCGGGAGCUUGAAGCUCUGGUUCGAGAAGAACGAACUCUUGUUCGUCGUGAACGACUUGCCAGUGAAGCCAGCGGAGAGGGCCAAGGCUGGCUGAUCAAAACCUGGAUAAAGAUCGAAGCUGCCUUCCGGCCUGUCAAACUACUUGGAGGCAUCCUGAUGAUGGUACUUGCGAUCUUCGUCUGGAUAUGCAUGAUUCUCACUUUCGCCGACAAAGCAAAAAAUUCUACUUGCAAAUCCCAUUGCGGGUAUGUGCUGGGACACAUAAACAUAUUCAAUCCUAUCAACUACAUUUUCGUACAAGCCGCCAAAGUGUUCCCAAUCGACUACAUCAUAUACCUCCUCCUCGUCUUGUAUUUCUUCUCAAGCUCUGUAGUAGGCAUCGGAGUCAUAGGCAUCAGAUUUCUGUGGCUUGAGAUCUUUAAGAUCAGAAAAGGUCAUACUACCCCUCAGGCAAUGCUUCUUGCUACAAUGCUCAUGAGCCUCAUGGUACUUGCUAUUUUCUAUUCUAUGGCGAUGAUUGUGGCGCCGCAGUAUACACACUACGGUCCUCAGACCUUCUGCGACCGAGAAAUUGUCCCCGGAGAUGGCCAACCAGACUGCUCGACACAUCAUAAUGCUAUCAAACCUUGCACCGAAAGAUCUACGUCCCUAGCAGCGGCCAGGGUCUGCACACCGAGUGUGGCUAGCACCUUCAUCGAUCGCAUCACCGUGAACUUCUCGUUCUUUGGAGCCGUAGACUUCUGGGCGCAAAUUGCCUUCUUUGCUGUCUUCUUGAUUGUGCUUGUCACUUCUUUGGUUCGGACACCAAAGCUCGACCAGUAUCAGCUUGAUCAAGAUGCCGAAGAAGACGAGGAGGAAGGUCUGCUAGCCAGCACUGGACGACGUUUUGGUGCGACUUGGCAAGAUCUCACGGGUCGAGCAAAGAAACCAACGAACAACGCAGGACAAGAAGGCAGGCAUGAUGAUGACGAAAACGAAUGA